AUGCCUGGAAAGAUCGAGAGCCCAAAUAGGUAUCUGGGUAGAACUAACCAACCAACCAAUCAUAUGACAGUAUUACGUAAAGAGGAGGAGGCCAACCUCAAUUUAAUAAUUCCUCUUUUGUUUCUCUCUUUCACAAUUUGUCUUAUUUUUUUUUUUCCUCUGGAUUUUCAUUUAUCCUCUGGCCACCAUUUUCUUUAUUUUUACUUCUCCCUUUUUCCUCUUCUCUAUCUCUUUCUUUCCCCUUCUCUCUAUCUCUUUUCUCACUUCUUUAUCUCUUUCUUUCCCCUUCUCUUUAUCUCUUUUCACACUUCUUUAUCUCUUUCUUUCCCUUCUCUCUAUGAAUUUUUUCUCCUUUUAUCUUAUAUUAUCAACCUCGCCUUUAUAUCUCCCCACCCAUUACGAAUUCUGUUCCAUCCCAUAUUUCCCGCGCCAAUUGUAGAAAUGUAUAUUUGGCUCUAA